CUAAGCCAUUUAAUUUUUCUUCCAUUCUCCGAGCUUCGAUAAAUAUAUAGAGUUCGUCGUCUCUCUCUAAGCUCUCCACGUUUUUUACGGACGGCGGAGAAUCAUCGCUCGGAGAAGGAAAAAAAGGGAAAGGAUGGAUGGAUGUGCCGGUAAGCGAUCAGUUGACCGAAUGGUUCUGCCUCGAAAAGCAAGCGGUCCUGUACUGCGUGAGAAUAUGAAGAAGAAAGAUGAGAAGAGUGUCUCUUUCUGCAGCCGAAUCGCCUGUAGUGCAAAGGUUACUUCCACCAAGGGAACCAACAGGAUUGGCUCUACGGCUGACAAUGCAAAAGUUGGCCGGCCUGGAAAGGAAAUUGUUGGGAGUUCAUCUCGAGCUCCCGGUGGAUUCGGAUACUUAAGAAAGCCAGCCGUAGGUACUACUGGCAGGAGACAGCCUUCUUCUAAUGUGGACACAGGUUCUUCAGAGACGAGCAGUAGUCUUGAUCAUCCAGCUGCGGUUAAGCCCAUCCUUCCUCGCCUAAAGACUAAGAGAGGCGCAAUCAGUGUUCAGUCUCAAAACACCGUCUCCGGAGAAGUCGUUGGAAGCUCAAGUAGAGGAACCAUCAGAAGUAGUCAUCAGAAACCUGGCUUGCGCACUCGAGAUGCUCUAAUGCCUCCCUCUGUUUCUUCUUCUUCUGGUAGCGACCACACUCUAAGAGGUGGUCUGAGCAGGAACGGGUUGAGAAACUUGAGGUGCAACUCUGUCUCUGAUGUUCUUCCAACUAAAUCAAGCUCUGGAACAAAAGUCAGCGUGACUAAAAAGAAAAACUCUGAUGGAGAGAGCAGCUCCUCUAGCCAAGGCAUUAAGAGUAGAGUGUCGGUGAUGAAGGGAAGGAAUCAAAGCUCUACACAUGGAAACGGCAUCACAGUUUCUGAUAACAGAAGGAAUCGUAUGGUACCAACCAUCAGGGAUAACAGUGUUGUUUCAAGUAGUGGUAGGAGAUCAGGGCGACUUGGAGCUGUUGCAUCCCCUGCUACUUCUCGGCAAACGCCUCAACCUGCAGCACCAAUCGAUCCCAAUCCUUCUCUUUCUGUUACUCCAUCAAAUAGUCACAGUAGUACCGACUGGUUAAGUAGCAUGAUGCCUGGUAGCCCCUCAGAAGCUCACCCUUCAAGCUCUCUGGUGAACCGUGAUGGUUUAAGUGGCUACAACAUGAAUGGAAUUGCAGAGGCAUUGUUGGUCCUGGACAGAAUUGAUCAAGAGCUUAGAUACGAGCAACUGGCUUCUUUAGAGACGAAUCUAUUCGCCAGUGGUAUGAUUAGAUUCUACGAUCAGCAUAGCGAUAUGAGGCUUGACAUUGAUAACAUGUCAUAUGAGGAACUACUAGCUUUGGGGGAUGAAAUAGGUACAGUGAGCACAGCUCUAAGCGAAGAAGCACUGUCUAGAAGCCUCAAGAAAAGCAUUUAUCAAGAGACAGAUGAAACUGGUCCCAUUUCUCUGGAUAAGGAUGAUGAUAUCAAGUGCAGUAUUUGCCAGGAAGAGUAUGUUGAUGGAGAUGAAGUAGGGACUAUGCCAUGUGAACAUAUGUACCAUGUGAACUGUGUACAACAAUGGCUACGGAUGAAGAAUUGGUGCCCUAUCUGCAAAACCUCUGCUGAAGAAGAAAAGUCGUAGUGAUGGGAUGAUUCCAAGAUGAUGCAGAUACAUUGUUUCUUCUUCUUCUUCUUCUUCUUCUUCACCAAGUGUUUGUCUCUACAUCAUCUUUCUCUCUCCUCUUUUGUACAUACAACUUUUUUUUUCCUUUCUUUUGAUCCAAUUGGGUUCAAAAGGGCAUAUAAGAUCAGUUCUACACUUCUAUCAAAGCAAGACAUUUUGUGGUUCA